GGCAGGACUUGCACUAACAGCAUUCCAAACGCUAAAUGAUCGCAGAAAGGAAACACACUCCGAUAAAUAUUGUAAACGAUGAGAAAGUUCGAGCACUAAAUAAAGCAUUUACUGAAGUUCAGAAAGAAGUAAAACAGCUAUCAAAAGGCAUCGCAGCAGAACCUCAAAAGGGACAGCAGGUUUCCGAGCAUCUGGAACAGGAACCAGCAAACGUGGAUGCUGCCACAAGCCUAUUAUCUCAAUUGUAAUGCAUAAUAGAUGAUGCAGAG